AUGUUUAUAAUGAACAAGAGCACUAUAGCCAAAAUAAAUAAAAGAAGACCACCAGGAUCCCAAUUAGUCCGUUUAGGACUUUCUACCUAUACAACUGCGAGAUUGGGCUAUAUAGAAUGUGUUCCCUGUCCAUUGAAAGAUAGUCCAAAGAUUGGUUAUCUCUACUGCACCAGGAAGCGAAGAACAGCAGCAUCUUUCACAGAGAAUGCUUCCCAAAGUAAUAUGAAUUCUCAAUUGGACUUUGAGCAUGAUUUCGAAGCUGAAAACCAUGAAGUUGAGUCCAGCAAGAAAAGAACCAUCUACAACAAGUGGAUGGAGAAUCUUCGUCAGUUGGCCGAUUCUUUUCUUUGCUUUGUCAGCAAAUGCCAGGAUGACUGUCCUAAUAAAAUGGACAUUACUCUCUUGUCUUCUCCUUGUUCUUGCAAGAAAUUUGUAAAAAAAAACAUUUACAUAUUUUUUUUACUUUCUUCAAAAAUGUUUGAGGUUGUUUUCUGUGGGUGUAAAACCAUCCCAGAACAAAUGGUUGAGAUGGGUAUUCUGCCCGCAUCACUGAACAAUGUUCAGUAUGGAAUUCAUUUUGGACUUUUGAAUUUCAUGAUAGAUAUGCGCGAUUUUCUCGCAACCUCUGGUCAGGGCUUGGCGACUUUAUACAACAAGGUUAACAUGGGUGCUGAGAGGGAAAUUUUAAAGGCAUUCUGUCAGAACCUCCUCCCCAUCUAUGUAAGGCUAAUGACAAUUGUUGAGAGCAAAGUUGAGGAAGCUGCCUCUGGAUUUGAGGAGCUUAAUGGGUGUCCUGCUUGUUCAGAUCAAAGUAUUGAAGUUGUAUUUUUAUAUCAGGUUGACAGCAAUGUGACCGUUGACGACUGUCAAUAUGUUGCCAUUGAUGGCAAUUUUAGCCUGAAGUAUGAGAGGAGAAAAGAUGUAGAGAGUGAUGGUGGUAAAGAGUUGGAGCAAGUAGAGGCUCAACUCAAGCAGGUGUGGAUUGGUGACGACAUGGUGAAAACAUAUGAGAAGGAGAGGACUGAAGAAGGCAUAGGUCGGUUUGACAGCAACUUCCAUGCUGGCUCUGGAAGUUUGGCAAAGUCCAUAAAGUACCCUAUUAAGAGUCUUUUUUGCGGCGAGCUGUGCACGGCAUGA